CGGGCGGUGCAUGUUAUCCGCCACACGAAGAAGAAGAAGACGAAGAAGAAGAAGAAAGGGACUUGUAAGGGGCGGGGUUUCGUUGGAGGCAAAAAAAACCCUGAAAGAUCGCAAUAUAAAACUCGAGUGCAUUUAAGUGUGAAAAGGACAGAAUACCAAGGAGAGUGUGGCUCCAGUAAAGAGUAUCCAUGCUUGACGAGCCAUUUUACACAGCAAACAUGGAUGCAGGCGAAGACCAAAACACAGGCAACACCAAUGGAAAUCCUCAGACAGGUGGAAACUCUCGUGCACCCCAGAUAGCCCACAUGUCCCUAUAUGAGAGACAGGCUGUACAGGCUCUCCAAGCACUCCAAAGACAGCCAAAUGCAGCUCAGUACUUCCAGCAGCUGAUGCUGCAGCAGCAGAUCAACAGUGCCCAACUCCACAACCUGGCCGCCGUGCAACAGGCUGCUACACUUGCAGCUAGUCGACAGUCCAAUACCCCGAGUAACAACAUGUCCCAGGCAACCACCACUGUAAGUUUUGCCGUCAACCUAAGCACCACAUCUGCAGGAGGUAACAUGACCAAUCCCCGUCCCCACGGUCCGGCCACCUCCGCAACAACAACAGCUCUCAACCAGUCGGUGCUGCUAGGUGGAAACUCUGCAGGACAGGGGCAGAUGUACCUAAGGGUCAACCGCUCUCUUAGAGCUCCCCUUGCCUCUCAGCUCAUCUUCAUGCCUGGUGGUACAGCAACAGCUACCGUAGCAACAGUUGCCCAGACACAGCCCCAGCAGCAGCAGCAGCAGCAGCAGCAGCAGCAGCAACAACAACAACAGCAGCAGCAUGAAGUCACUCCUACCAGUGCCGGUGCUCAGUCUGACAAUGAUCAGGUGCAGAAUCUGGCCCUCCAUUGCACUUCCACUCCCAGAGCAGUUGCUGUCAAGUCUGAGAUUCCAGAGAGGAAAGAUGUUGGCGGCUUUUCUCUCGGUCAGCAGCAACAGACUUUCGCCCAGACAACUCAGCAGCAGCAAGUGCUACCACAACAGCAGCAACAGAUGGCCAAACCCAACUAUACUCAGCAGUCCGCCAACACUUUGACUGUAAAGACUGGUACUCCUGCUGCUUCAGUAGCUCCAUCCUCCUCCUCCUCUCAAGCACUCCCUCUCUCCCAACUCCUCCUGUCCUCCUCUGCUGCCCCUGUGAUCCUGGUGCCGACCUCCAAUGUUACAACCACUCAGGGUUACCCCAUUGGCUCGGUGACCCAAAAAGCCAACAUUAACACGCAGACUCUUGUGGUGCAGCCGCUACAACAGGCCAGUGCUACUACAGAGAAAGGACCGGUGCCAAUCCAGCCCAAGACAGCUCAGGGACACCGCUUACCUGUGCAGCUGCCUCCUCGACACCCACCUCACAUUCUCCCGGCGCCACCUAGCAACAGCCAGAACAACAGUCCCCAUAUCCCUGUGCAGCUUGUGGGAGCCAGGCAGGGCUUACCAGGAAACACACAGGCUGUGGCCCUGGCACAUGCACGAAGCAGCACAGGGCAGGAAGGAACAGUUGGUAGGAACGUUAACACACUCUCCAACAACAGUGCUAUGAUUAAGCCUGCCAUUGGCUCUCUGAAGAGAAAAUCUGACUGUGAUGCUCCAAAUGAGAUGGCGACAGAACCUUCAGACUCUGCACCCAUGAAAGAUUCUGCUCCUCCCUUAUCACCUGCCCCUACAAAGGACUCGGCUCCUGCUGUUGCAGCUGCAUUCUCAUCUCCUCCCACCCUGUCGUUGCCUCUGCCCUUGUCAAGAGUCGGGCACGGGGACAAAGACAGAGCGCCCGUUCCCCAGGCAGUGGUCAAACCUCAAGUGCUCACCCACCUCAUAGAGGGCUUCGUCAUCCAGGAGGGAGCUGAGCCUUUCCCCGUUGCCGGACUCCUCAAAGACAGAGAUUUUGCCCUGGUUGGCCGUUCAGAGAAUGGACCUCCGUUGUUAAAGUGUGAGUAUUGUGGAAGCCUCGCCCCGGCCAGUCAGUUCAGAGGAUCAAAGAGGUUCUGCUCAAAUACUUGUGCAAAGAGGUAUAAUGUGAGCUGCAGCCAACACUUCAAGACCAGUAGAGGGAGGAGUGGUGCAGGGCUGGCCCCGCCUCCAGCAACCAAUGAGAGCGCUGCAAGGCGAAGAGGCCCCUCUCGCAGGAGCAGCUCCAAUAUCACGUGUAAUAAAAUAUCAGGCAGGCAUCUACCUGUUAAGUGUCACUCCGAGUCCAGUCGCUCAGAGGACGUAUCCAGCGACGGGGAAGAAGAGGACGAUUCUCUCUCACUGUCUCCCAGCUCUUCACACUCCUGCUCCAGAGCCGAGCUCAGCGCUCCUCCGUCUGAUGGCUCAGCUCCUGGUAGCCUCCCGCUAGAGGGGGCUCACUUUCUCUCAGCGACUCCUGCUCAGUGGAGUGUGGAGGAAGUCUGCAGGUUUAUCUCUUCACUUCAAGGCUGUGAAGAGUUGGCUGCCCAGUUUCUGUCACAGGAAAUAGACGGACAGGCUCUGAUGCUCCUGCGAGAGGACCAUCUCAUCUCAACAAUGAAUAUCAAGCUGGGUCCCGCUCUCAAGAUCUGUGCCUCCAUCAACACCCUGCGUGAGUGACUUCUUCAGAGGGACAUCAGGAUCUCUUUCUCAUUGAUGAUCCUCACUGGAAUCAAGACCUGGACCUGCUACUCCUUUAGUUAGAAGUUAUAAAGACUUCUACGAGGACAGUGAAGAUGUUUUUACAAAACAGUCGUGCACCAUCAAUUAUGUGGAGUCAUGAGGAUGGACAGUUUACUUUCUGGACAGUGAAUGUACAAUAACAACGUUCUGUGUAUACUGUUUUGUGUGACUGGUGAGCAUGGACGUUCUGUAUCCAUGUCAGAAGUGUUCGUCAGGUUUAUUACUUUCUCUGCGUGUAGAAGCCUUCUGUAUGUAUACUCAGCUUGCAGUAACUGGUGCUUGGUCUUCUAACUAGGACAGUUCACCUGUUGGGUAUAAAAACAACAAAAAGAAACGAUGCCUUCUUGCUGUAUUUCAAACAGUGCUUUAACUUUAGUGGCAUGAUAUGGAGUGAUGUUCUCAUCAGUCCACUUCAUUUAUAUAUUUCUCUUUAAGUAGUUACUUGUUUAUUUACCAUAGAUGUUCUAACUAGGCUCCAAUCACAUCAAGCAAAGGACACUAAAAUCGCCUAGUAUUUUAAUUAGUUCAUUUUACCAGUUCUCAAAAGUUUAGUUUUGUAUCUUUUCCAUUUUGUACUACAAUCAAAAUUAUUUUU